AUGAAUUCACAAUUACAACUCCUUGAAUUUCAAGAAUAUCUUAAAUCAUGUAAAAAGAUAAUAGCAUUAGUAGGUGCUGGUUUAUCAGUAUCGUCAGGAUUACCAACAUAUAGAGGUACAAGUUCAGCUGGUGCACCCCUCUGGAAAAAUUUCAAUAUGAUAGAUUUAGCCACUCCCGAUUCAUUUUAUAUUGACCCUGGUCUAGUAUGGCAAUUUUAUCAUUAUAGAAGAUAUAAAGCAUUAAACGCAAGUCCAAAUGACGGACAUUAUACAUUAUCUAAAUUAUCUAAACUUUCCAAUGUUAAUUUUCUCACAAUUACUCAAAAUGUAGAUGGAUUGAACUUAAGAAGCGGUCACAAGAAAUCUAAAUUGAUUGAAAUUCAUGGAAGUUUGUUCGGUACUAAAUGUACUAAUUUCACUUGUAAUUUUAAAGAAAAUGAGAAUUUUAAAAUGCCAAUGACUGAAGCAUUGGAUACACCUGAAGAUGAUGAUAGGGUGAGAGCAAUUGAUGAGAAAGACCUACCUCGUUGUCCCGUCUGUCAAGGUCUACUACGUCCCGAUGUUCUUUGGUUUGGUGAGAGUUUAUCAUUGAAUAAAAUGAAUAAAAUCGAUAAUUUUAUAGAAGCUAAGGAUGGUGUUGAUUUAAUUUUGGUCAUUGGGACUUCGGGCACUGUAUAUCCUGCUAUUUCUUAUGUUGAUAGAGUUGUUUUAAAAGGUGGAAAAGUUGCUAUUUUUAAUACUGAAAUUGAAGAUGAUAUAUUGAAUGGGAAAAGGAAAAAUUAUUGGGGGUUUAGGGGUGAUGCUGCUGAAACUUUACCUACUGUUUUAAAACCAUUAUUGGAAGAAAAUGGGGUUGUAAAAGAUGACAAGAAGGGAGCUAUAUGA